AUGCAUGAAGGAACAAGCGGCCAUGGUUCAAAGAAAAGCAGCACGCAUGAGCUGCUGAAGGAGCUGAACGACUCCUCCGUGCUCCACCACACAUUGUUGAAAGAGCUGCGAGACAUUUGCUCACACCUCCGAGUGGACAUCAAGGCAGAUGUCGCGAAGCUGCUUGACGCAAGAGUGUGCGACGGAGCGGAGGAUGUGAAGGCUGCUUGGCUCACCCCAGCGCCCGCUUCCCACUUGAGGCAGGGAGCAGAGCUGGACUUUCUGCCGAAUGCCAUUCAAUUGGAAGAUGCCGUGGUCGACACUGCCGCAGGGGAAGGUCUGGAGGUGUCCGACUUGAACGAGGUGAACGAAGCCGACUUUCUUGCGGAUGACCUGGCAGCUGAGGUCAAGGGCCGAAGUCGCACGGCUUGGACCGAGAGUCGCGAUGUUUCGAAGAAGUCGGCCAAGUCGCAGGCCACUACCAACAGGACGGCCGAGAGCAGCAAGGAUGGUCGAUCAGCUUGGUCCCAGGAUUCCAGAAUGCCACCCUACCCCAGUGGCCGGCGGAAGUACCUGUCCUCGGUAGCACUUUGUCUGCACACAGAUGGUGAUAGUACGGGCAGGUGCACUCAGCUGUGCGUUCGUGACCUUGACCAUUUCGGCCCGCCAACCGCAAAACAGCGAUAG